CUCUUUAGUGGGGCUAAUCUUUCUUAAGGAAGUGUAUCCAGGAGCAGCCUUGGGAUGCUAAGGCAAGGAGGCUGAGCUGGGUUUGUCCUUAGAUUGCCGGCUGGUUUAUGUAAUCUACAUUUUCGUGAGCGCCGCCCUGGACUGCCGGACCUCAGGAACCAUACAAAAAAAAAAAGCACUUUCUGUAGUGUCAUGACUUGCUCCUACAAUGUGGUUUUCCUGUUGGACACUGCCAGUUCUGAGCAGAAGAUUCACCUUCACCUGGGCACCUUGAGGAUCUUGAACUACUUGGGCUGCAAGUUUGGCCUAGCUAAAAUCCGGUGGGGCUUCAAGUUCUUUGACUCCUCAGGCGCCCGGGGCAGAACUUCGCGAGUGGGCAGUUUCCGUGAGCUUGGAUCCCGCAGUUGGGAAGAAUUUGAGGAGGAGCUGGAUGCAAAGCUUGGAAACCAGGACUGCAACCCAAAGUCAUCUGGCUCGGUUCCCCGAGCCACACUCACUCAGAACAUACUGAAAGAAUCGUUACUUGACUAUCAGUGGGACCGGCCUGAAAUUGCUUCUCCAUCCAAACCAGUGUUGAGGAACCAGAAAAGCAAGUUAAAUGUGACCCUGAACAAACCUCCAGGGAGUUAUAUUCCUUCUGAGGGCUUUGUGAAUGCUAUUUUCCUCUUCUCUCCUUGCCCUCAUUCCCAGAGGGAGCUGCUGCAAUUCGUUUCUGGAAGUCCUACUCAUUUGUCUGAUGAACUGCUUGCUUCACGUGAUCUGACAGAAAAGUUCAUCCCUAAGAGAAUCCGGGAAAUGAUGGCUAGCCAGAAAAUCUCAUUGUAUUGGAUGGACACUGCUGACUGGUUCAAGCUUCUUGGAACGUCAGACCACAUUGGCUACGGGAUGUUGGUUGAACUUAUGCGCUUAUUGGGGGGCAACAUCUUGCCAUCUGAGACUUUAAUUCAGUGUUUGAGUCACCACUGUACAGGGGGCACCCCUGACUUUCCUAUGGAGCCUGUGUCCUCUGGGCAACCAUUCACACCAUGGACUACAACCCUGCCUUUUGAUUCAACUUUGAACUGCCUGUUUACCUCGCCUUCCUCAUUGCAAGCGUCCUUCCCGCAUGUAGAAGGAGUGUUGUACCUCAAAUCUGAUGGAGUUGAAGAGGCACAAAGCUGUGGUGUGGUCUUGGAGCCUCUAACUCUAAGCCAGAGGCACCUCAAAAGUCCAGUCAAUAUUACUCUGAAAUGCACUAUGACCAGCUGGAAUGCAGUGCAUGCUGGGAGCUUUCACACACAGAGCUGGAUACUGCGGAGCACAUUGUCAGGACUGCCAGUCCAAGAGACUUCAUUGUUUCAGCAUUUUGUAAAAUCCCUCCAAGCACAAGGGCUACACAUGGUUGCUGAAGUGUCUCCAUCUGGGGCCUAUUGUCCCUGUACUGGGAUUUUCUCUCCCACCUCGAAUAGCACUGCAGUUCUUUCUUUACUCUGUGCCGAGAGAGCACCAGAAGUUGAGAGAGCCCUCCUUCAAACAGCUCUAGAAGGGAACCUUUCGAAAGAGGAGUCUAGCCUUCCAGAAAUCGUGAGCAGCGUGGUAAAUCAAGUUGGUGAUGACUUUGAUCUGGCAAGUUCUGACCCAGCAGAAACUCCAAUUCCAGAGUGGGCACAGCAGGAGCUGUCCUGCACCCACCCCUGGAGUCCUGCCGUGAUUGAAGGCUGGUACUCUUUCUCAAACCUCUGUGGAGCAAGUUCUCACUUGAUGGAAUCAUUCAGGUUGCUGCAGGCAGGGUCUUCUACUGAGGAAAAGGAGGCUCCAAAGCAUGAAAGGGAACUUACCCACUGUCUGUCUGAAUUUUACCAGAAGAAAGCCUCUGGCAUCUCUGCUACAUCCCAACAGCGGGAUCACAGGAAGAGACGCGGAGUUCCCCGGACUCCCGUUAGGCAAAAAAUGAAGACCAUGCCUCGCUCCCUUCAAAUGCUAAACGCUGCAAGGCUGAAUGUAAAGGCUCAAAAGUUCCAGCCAGAUGGAGAGCUGCCAGUCAAUGAGAAUGUUUCCCAAAAGCUAUUACCGAGAAGAUUGAAUGAUAAAGUGGAAGAAAGGGGGGAAGCAAAGAAAACCAAGAUAGGCUUCAGGACUGAGGAGGAGAUGCUUUCUUUUAUAUCUACAAACUAUCAGAAGGCGGUGACAAGCGGAGAGAAUUUGUUUGCGUAUGCCCAGGAGACGGUGGCAGCUGUUAAUGCGUUGCAGAAAUCAAAUGAGGCAGCUGGUGUGGAUACAAUCCGAAGCAAUCUCCUGAAAACCAGCAAAACCCUCCGUCAGCAGCUUGGCAACGAUCCUGAUAAGGAAAUCAAAGUCAGAGAGUGUCAGCUUCAGGUCUACCUGCGCCUUGAAAUGUGCCUGCAGUGCCCUUCUUUGCAAAACAGCACAGAUGGGAUGGAACAGCUUGUGGAAGAGAUGACAGAGAUGCUGCGGAUUUUGUGUUUGACUGAAGACCCAGGAUACCUCGCCAGGUUUUUGGAAGAAGUUGUAGAAACGUAUCUGGAAUCUAUGCCAAAGACCCUUGGGGAUUUGUACUACAGCCUGGGGACACAGAUUCCCCCAAAGCUGGCCUCUGUCCUGCCAGCAGACUUCUUCAGUGACGAUUCCCUCAGUCAGGAGAGCCAAACCCCAUCCCUGCCUCCUUCUGCAUCCUCAGUUCCUGUUUCCAGAACAGCAUCCUUAAGUACCGAUGCAGAACAACUGGAAGAACUACGCACCAGAUCUGCCAAGAAAAGAAAGAACACGCUGGCCAGACACCGGAGUGUCACAGAAGCAUCGCAGAACUUGCGCCAAAUAGAGAUUCCUCAAGUACCCAGAAACCGUACUAGGAAGGACAGCUCUCAUGUGUGCCUUGAGGUGAAAUCAGUACCAUCUGUACAGAAAGUGGCAGUGCAAGAAGUGACAAAGGUACGAAGGAACCUCUUCAAUGAAGAAAUGCUUCCUCCAGGCAAAAGAUCCCUAUCAAAGAUUCCUCGAAGCCAGUCAGUAUCAGCUGUAGAAGGUUUAAAAAACAGGCGGAACCGAGCUAAGGAGUGUGCAAGAGAUAAUCUCAAACUGCUGACCAAGAGUGUGGCAGAAACACCGUUGCACAAGCAGAUCUCCAGGCGGCUGCUGCAGAAGCAGAUUAAAGGCCGGAAUUCAGACCCUGGAUCUGAAGUUGGCAUUGUAGAAGAAUCUCCUGAAAAAGCCAUACCAUGUGGAUUAAGAAGAAGUCCACGGAUCAAGCAACUUUUACAGGAUAGAGCAGUCUCUGGUUCCUUCUACUGCUCUCAACCCAGCAAGAAGAGUGUACAGCAAAUGCAGUCGGAAGCACCUGAUGUACAAGACAAUUUAACAGGCUUGGCAUCUCCUCUUGUGAAGAAAGCCAUCCAGUCCCCAAAGAGCCUUCUCUUUGGAGCAGUUCGCGAUGUGUUUGGUUCUGAAGGGAUGGACUCACCCAGAACAAGAAGAAAAACUUUAGCCUCCAGUGAGCUUGUUUAUCAGACACCAAGGAAAGCAUCCCUUCGGUCUUCCCCGAAGCUCUUAAGUCCCCCUAAUAACACACCAGGAAGAACUCUUCAGGAGAAGCUACAGCAGACCCCCCAAAAGAGCCGAGCCCCAAAGCAUAGUGCAGCCAAAAGUUUGGGAAAUCUCUUUUCACCUUGUAGACAGAAGAGCAAGUCCUUGCCUGAAGCCACUGAAAAGAAAGGGGAUUGUUUUGCACGCACGGCUCUGAUGAAGGAAAUAUUUUCUUCCCCGCCCAAGGCAGCACAGCUACAAACUUCUGGAAUGCAGGCAGGGGAUGAGGUGCCUGAUGAUGUAUUUGCUUCGCCUGCAAGUGGUUCCUGUUCGGCAGCUGCUCUGCUCUCUCCAGUCCCAUCAAAUUCACCAGGAACAUGGCUCUCACCACUGCAGUCCCCAAGGCGCUCCUUGAGAGUUGCCUGGAGAAUUGCCUCUCCUGCUUCUGCUCAGAAACAGCCUCUUGAGGCAGAACAACUUACAGAGCCACUUUCAGCAUUGGAGCUGGACUCUGCGGUGUCAGACGUGACACCUACAGUAUUCAAAGGCAGACUUUCAGAACCGUCUUCAAGUCCAAAGAACACCAAGCUUAGUGAAGCCUUUUCCCCACCUGGUGAUCCUGUUUUGAUGCCGGAUGUUAACUCAUUGCCAAAUAGCCCACCCCCAAAUGCCAUAGCCACAUCCACACUUUCUCCUACUGGAACUUGGGAUCUUCGCAGGAAGUCUUGUACUCCCCAAAAGACUCCUUUGAAACGCCAGAGGGUCACAAACACGUACCCAGCCAAAGCCCUCCAGUCGCCUGCCUGCCUGCCUGCCGAGCAGCAUCCCUGCUGUACAGACUUGAAUCUUUCUGCUAAAACUAAAGCAGAGAGCACCCCCUCCGUGAAGAGACGCGGAGUGAGGACUCCAAGUAAGAGGAGGGGGUUAGAAAGACACCUGCCUCCUGAACUCUCCACAAAGGACCACAUGCUUCUCCCAGAUGCUGUGGUUCUGUGCGAGCGCCUAGAUGCUUCCUCUCUAACCAAUGUGUUCGCCACUGGCAGUUCUGAAGCAGAAGGUGGCCCAGGUACAGUUUUGCCAGGGGAGAAGGCAGUAAGUCUGCAGCCUCUGCUCCUCCAGAGCCCUCCUGCAUGUGACCAGGCCUCCUUGCCCGAAACCCCAAAGUCUGGCUCAAGUGCCUAUUCCCUGCGUCACACCCCAGACAGAAGGCAGCGGGAGGCUGCAGCGCGGCUGGGGAAGCCCGAGAAGGGGGCAACACUCAGCGCACCUAGGACUGCUCACACUCUGCCUCUGGCAACGAGCCCACGAACUUACGAGAUUGAGCUCAUGAUGCAAGCUUCUGGCCUGCCCAAGCUCCGAAUUAAAAGGGUUGGCUCUGGGCCAGCUUUGGAUCCUCAGUCUCAUUUGCAGUCAGGAAAGCCCAAAGGAGAUGAAAGCGAUCUUGCUGCAGGGGAUCUUUCCGUGACCUGGUGCGGCAGGCACUCUGGGAAACUGGAAACCGUCUCCAUCUCGCCAUCUUGUAAUCGAUCCGCUCACAGUACCCCUGCGAAGUUUGGGGGUGGGGGGCAGACCUAUAUAUGUCAGUCGUACACUCCAACUCAUUGCACCCCCAACUCUACUUCCCCAUCCCAGGGCAAUGUUGGCCUUGCCUGGACACCUUCCCCAAAGCAUAAAGGGAAAGUGACCCCUGAAGCAAUCAAGGACUGGCCGCGAAGGAAAAGGGCCACUGUGGGCUGCAGCAAAAGCGAGAGGCACAUGGAGGUGGCUGGGGACACUAGAGCUUCCAACCUUCUUGGCGUCAAUAAAGCACUGCCCUUGGGGGACUUUGAACUUGAAGGCAUCUGUAGGCUUGAGGACCAGUCGCCUUGCAGCGAUGCAGAGCCCAGUGGAGACGAGAGCACCUGCAGAGGGACCCCUGGCCUAAAGUUCAGAAAAAGGCCCUUUGGCCACAUGUCUCCUGAGGAGGAAGUCAGCCAGGAAGUGAAAAAAAGGCACUGCGCAAAGAGAGGCAACCCAAAUGCCCCUGAACUGCUGAGUACAGGAAAAGGUGUAGCGUCCUUAAACAAGACAAUACUGGAAGAGGAAGAGGAGGUCUUCAUUUCAGGUAUGACUCCACCAACGUCUUCAGGGAAGAGCACAAUCUCUGCUACUGGACUUCGGGCGCUGACGCAGUCCCCGCUGCUCUAUCAAGGCCACACCACAUCCCUGAGGAAAUGGCCCACAGGAGACAACAAUGAUGCAUUUGGAGCUGCAGAUGAAGACCUCUCCCCCUUUCACAGUACAACCAUGAGACAACAUUCCAUCAAGAGGACCUACUCACGAAAAAGGCUGCUCAGCUGAACCUGGGAAAAAGAUGGUGAACAUACUUGGGAGCCUGAUGACAAAGCCAUUUUGGAUGACUUUAAAACCAAAAUGAAGAUAAUAUUGCCAGCCACAAUGGAAGCACCUCUUGCUCAUGAACUCACAGUUGUGUUCUGUGAGGAAAAGCUGUACUUUCUCCGUAUAAAUUUAAGCUAAGAGCGUGUCAUCAUAGGACUCCUCCCAGGGUUUAAGCACUAAAUGAUAUAAAUGAUGGGUGAAACUAACUGCUUUUAAAAAGUACUUUUGUAAAAUAAAUUAAUAUGGUAAGUUG